CACGCUCCCCUUUCACCUCGCGGCCGUAGGCUAACGUGGAAGUCGGACUAGCCGGCCGGCGGAAGAGCCUAGACCGCGCUGCCUGGCGAGUCAGGCGCGCGGGGCGGCGUUAGUAGUCUUCGCGGCGCAACUCGGCCUUUCCUGGGAGGGAGUGAUGGGGCGCACCGGGGCCGGGGAGCGGGCGCCGGUGUAGCCCGUGCGGCGCCUGGCCCGGAGCGCGGCGGCUGCGGCGGCGGCGGGCGCUGGGAGGCCUGUGAGAGCCGCAGCCCGGAGCGCCCGGCUUCCCGCGCCAUGGCCCCCAUGGGCAUCCGCCUUUCCCCACUGGGGGUGGCCGUGUUUUGCCUGCUGGGGCUCGGCGUCCUCUACCACCUCUACUCGGGCUUCUUGGCCGGCCGCUUCAGCCUCUUCGGCCUGGGCAGCGAGCCUGGCGGAGGCGCGGCGGGGCCCGCGGCCGCGGCCGACGGGGGCACCGUGGACUUGCGCGAGAUGCUGGCUGUGUCAGUGCUGGCAGCAGUCCGCGGCGGCGACGAGGUGAGGCGCGUCCGCGAGAGCAACGUCCUCCACGAGAAGUCCAAGGGGAAGACGCGCGAGGGAGCCGAGGACAAGAUGACCAGCGGCGACGUGCUGUCCAACCGCAAGAUGUUCUACCUGCUCAAGACCGCCUUCCCCAGCGUCCAGAUUAAUACUGAGGAACACGUGGAUGCAGCUGAUCAGGAGGUUAUCUUGUGGGAUCAUAAGAUUCCUGAGGAUAUCCUAAAGGAAGUAACUACUCCUAAAGAGGUACCAGCAGAAAGUGUUACUGUCUGGAUUGACCCACUUGAUGCUACACAGGAAUAUACAGAGGAUCUUCGAAAGUACGUCACUACUAUGGUGUGUGUGGCUGUAAAUGGUAAACCCAUGCUAGGAGUUAUACAUAAGCCAUUUUCCGAAUAUACAGCUUGGGCAAUGGUAGAUGGUGGUUCAAAUGUGAAAGCCCGCUCUUCCUACAAUGAGAAGACCCCAAGGAUCGUUGUGUCUCGUUCCCAUUCAGGGAUGGUCAAACAGGUCGCUCUUCAGACUUUUGGAAACCAGACUACAAUUAUCCCAGCUGGUGGGGCUGGUUAUAAAGUUUUAGCACUUUUGGAUGUGCCUGAUAAGAGUCAAGAAAAAGCUGAUUUAUAUAUCCAUGUGACAUACAUCAAAAAGUGGGAUAUAUGUGCUGGUAAUGCCAUCUUAAAAGCCCUAGGGGGGCAUAUGACUACCCUGAGUGGUGAAGAAAUCAGUUACACUGGUUCAGACGGCAUUGAAGGGGGACUCCUUGCUAGCAUCAGAAUGAACCACCAGGCCCUGGUCAGAAAACUCCCAGAUCUAGAAAAGACAGGACAUAAAUAAGCAUAACUGAUUACAGGGUACAGUUCUUCACAGCUGAAAUGGUUAGCCUGAGAUGCUGGAAGCUUCAAAGGAUUGGUGGAGACUAUGCAUGGUUAAGGCCAUCCCAAACUUUUUAAAGUAUUUAUGAAGCAUCAGAGACUUAUUUUCCCUGUAAUAGGAUGCAAGAUCAGGGAAAAUGGGUUGCUUUGUGUCUCAAGUAUUGUCUUUAUUUUUGAGACUAUUUUCAUACAGUUGUCAUACACAAGGCGCAUAUAUAUAUUUGUGAAUUAAAAUCUGUAGCUGAGUCUACAUUGUUAUGAGUCACCAUUUUCACACAACAUCAUGAAUCUUCACUGUUUGUUAGUACUUUCAUAUAGAAUUUGGUUGAAGGAAAGAUUGAUUUUUGUGUAGAUGUUUAAUAUAACUUUACAGCUAUAUUUCAUUGAAAAUAAAGUCAUUGGGGAUUUUUACCUCUAAUUUGGAUGGAAAGCACAAGAAACCACACAUUCAUUAAUAUGCAACAAAUGUAUUUAUGUUACUGGAUAUUUCUAUGGAUUAAAAUAGAAAAAGUUUAAUUGAUUUUUCCUUUGAAAUUUUAAUAACAGGUUCACCAGCUGGUAGAAAAUAGCGAUACAUGAUGGUUUGCAUUGUAAUAAUUUCUGUAUGUGUGUAUGUUGUUUUGUUUUUAUAAAGAAAAGUGUGUUUGUACCCAUGAGUUCAGCAUUUCUGCCAUCUUGCUAUUUUCAUUUUCCCUAUGGAAGAUGCAUGGUUGCAUCCUUUUCCUUCUGACCAACGCUUAGUCUUUAACUUUGUAAGGUUCGGUUUAAGGUUUCAGGGUUAGCACUAUAGUUUUGGUUCAUUCUCUCAUUAAGGAUAAAAUAUGCUAUAAGGCACUAUAAGAAUAUAAAUGAUCCUAUUACA